UACAAGUCACUUCCGCUCUGUGUGAAAACCGCAACAUAAACAAACCCGAAGACUUAGCACCGUGGAGGUUGUUUCUAAACCGUACCGGUGAUUUUACCGGUGAUUCUGCGGGUCUGUUCAGAUGAAGGAUUAGAAGAAGACGGUGUUUUAUUGAGCAUGGUGAAGUGUGUCGUCUCCGGUUGUCCGAACCGUGCGGUCACCGUCACCCGGGGGAUCUUCAACAGACCACCGAAGAGGUUCUUCAAAUUCCCCAAAGACCCGGCCCGAGUCAAGGUACGGACCCGGGACUCUGACGGGAGCUGGUUUACAGAUACAGAUGCAGAUAGAGAUGCAAGGCACUCACCGGAAUAACGAGAGUUUCCCCGUUUUGCCUCCGCUAAUGUCGGCUAACAAGAUGCUAACCCGAUGCUAGCGGCCCUCCUUCUAAGAGACGUGUUGAGAUGAGAUAACAUCAGACUAUCUAAUUCUGCACAGUACACAAGAUAAAAAACAUCAGAUAAGAUAAAAAUAUAUGUGUAGAUGUACAACUGAUAAAAUAAAACAAAACUGUACACUUAAAAGGUGGUAGCUCUUACACAUUUCCAACAUUUUAAAACAGCUGCGUGAGUAAAGUGCAUUGUGUUAGCUCACUGGCUAAAUACACGUAUGAAAAACAUUUGAGAUUAGCGGAAGGAGAAUUAAACAAUUUGGUUUAAGCUAUAGCAAUGAUCACAAACUGUAAAAUACUACAAAACGAAGUUAAGAUAACAGCACUAGGGCGCCGCCAUCUUGUCCUCUGAUGUCACGGGGUUGGUUUGAAAGCGAAAAGACGGAGCAAAAGAUCAGUUUUAAUAAAAAAACAUAAUAAAAAACCAUUUGGCAACAGCGGAAGGAGAAUUAGAUUGUUUAAUAUAUGCUAAACCAAUAGUAGCAGACUCUAAAAUACUAUGUAAAAAGGUAUAUGUCUGAUAUGAAGUGCUGUUAAGACAAAAGCACCAGGGCAGCGCCAUUUUUUCCGGGUUUGGUUUAGAGCGAAAGAUGAGUUUCAAUAAAUAACCAUUUGGCUUUAGCUGAAGAAGAAUUAGACAAAAUUAUUUAAACUAUAGCAACAAUAACAGACUGUAAAAUAUAUGAAAUUAAGUUGAAGACACAAGAGCGCCGCCAUCUUAUCGUCUGACGUCACAGGGUUGGUUCAGAGCAAAAGAUCAGUUUCGUUAAUUGAAAAAUGGAGGCAGAGGAGCAACGAAGCAUCAGAAGACAAAAGGGGGGUCAUUAUUGCAUCGCCAUCGGAUGUACAAAUGAGUUUUACAGGAUUAAAGCCAAGGGCAAGCUAGUCCACUUUCAUAAACUGCCCCUGAAGCGGAGCGCGGUGCUGUCGCGCUGGCUGGAGGCCCUGAGGAGAGAGAACCCCCCCAUGGGCAGAGGGGCGAGGGUGUGCAGUGAUCACUUUUUGGAGGAGGACUACGUCGAGGAGAAAUGCUUCGAGGCGGAAAGGCUGGUGGUUCGCCGCACCAACAGACUAAAGCCCGAAGCCGUUCCUUCCGUUUUCAAUUUCCCUGCUAAGUCCUCCGCUAAGUGUCGCAAGAGCAUCAGAAAGGAGUCAGUCCUGGGGAGGGACGGGGCGCUAAGACGCACCAGCAGCCAGACAGGGAAGAAGAAACAGGUAUGGCUCGCCGCCCUGAGGGAGACGGAGAAGCAGGAGUCCGUGGAGCAGUGUCUCAUCUGCGAGGACCACUUCCUGCCAGAGGACAUCUCCAAGAACGGGGUCCACAGCGACGCCAUCCCCAUCAUGCCCCCCUGCCUGGACGGCUCCCUGGGCAUGAUCAGCCCCUGGGGAGCUGAGUCUGAGGAGGAGGAGGAGGAGGAGCAGGGCAACGCCGGCCGGGACGAGGAAGACGAGGUUGCUGAGGAUGAAGGUGGAGACAAUGUGAAACAGGAGCCUCCUGCACCGGAACCUCCUUCAGGGAGGCCGUCAAAGACGGACGUCGACACUAAAGAGGCUCCAGCUGUGAAGGCGACCAGUGACCGCGUGUCGCGGUGGAACCCUCCAAGAACCAGACAAGACGUGUCGCUGGGAGUCCUGACGCAGCGUUUCCUGGAGCUGCUGCUGGCGUCUCCGGACGGGACGCUCGACCUCCGCCAGGUCACCACCAACCUGAAGACGCGCAAACGACGGGUCUACGACAUCACAAACGUGCUGGACGGCAUCAGGCUGGUGGAGAAGGAGUCGGCCAAUAGGAUCAGGUGGAUAGGCAACGCCCCCAUCGCCAGCUUCCUGCAGAGGAAGGAGCAGAAGUUUAAGAGGGAGCUGGAGAACCUGAAGCUGGUGGAGGACACGCUGGACACGCUCAUCAAAAGCUGCGCCCAGCAGCUCUUCGACAUGACCGACGACCUCCCCAACUCUGCGUUGGCCUACGUGACUCACGAGGACAUCAGCCGCCUCAAAGCUUUCCAGGAGCAGACGCUGAUCGCUGUCAAAGCUCCGGAGGAAACCAAGCUGGAGGUCCCAGCACCUAAAGAGGACAGCAUCCAGAUCCACCUGAAGGGAGGGAGAGGUCCCAUCGCCGUGUGGACCUGUGACAUCGGGACGGGAGACGACGGCAGCGGAGACGGCUUCAUGACUCUGGAGGAAAGUCGGAUAAAGACGACAACGCUGCACACAGACACUAAUGUCCGAUCCUCUGUGCUGGCUGCAGUGAAGCUGUAAUAAGAGUCGUCGGUUCCUCAGAGCGCCGUGCAGAGCUCGUAGCCACCGGCCCAACUCCUGGAGACACCGGCCGUCCUCAGACUGAGACUACUCAGAGGACAGAGGACAGAGUCUGGUAAAACCUGGCUCAGGCCGGAGGUCGAGGAGAUGGACCGACUGUUUGGAUCAAAGCCCUGAAUCCGUUCUGACACGGGAUUCUACACGAGGAACUUUAUUCAUGGACCUGUUUUCAUUUGGCCAGUUUGACCAGGACCACUGGACUUUUGUUUUUGGACCUGAGAAGUGUGGGAGGGAGUGAGCUGCUGAAUAUUUCCUUCUGAUCACGUGCUGACUUCUCUUUGCUGUUUUAGUAUUUUACGUCUUUGUAUUUUGUGUUUGACUCUUUGUGUUCAGACUAUGAACCUCUCUCCUCCCAGGAGGCUGUAAUCAAUAAAUAUCUGGAACCAUA